AUGGGUCGGCUCGACCGGAGUUAUACCACGGCCUCACAGAAAACCGGCGUGAAACAACCACAGUGUCGCCGUGGGCGGGCGGCGCGUAGCUACGAGGCGCUACGAGCCGCGGGCGGCGUAGCGAACUCGCGGCGCGCGCCAUUCGCGCUGACGCCGCCGCCGGCCGCACGCGCUCCAUCCGCGCGGCUCAUGCGUCUCCCGUCGCUCCCGCUCGCUGCGCCCGACAUGACUGUGACAGAGUGCCAUCGCCAACACCUGGAGGACAGCACCGGCCACGAACCACCGCCCCCAGCGCCCCCUGACGACGCCGACGUGCUCCUCGGCAGAGUCCUCGCAGGUAGCACGCGGCGCGGCGGCGCGCGGGGCGCGGGGCGCGCGGGCGGCGCGGACUCGGUAUUGCGAUCAAGGCCUCGAGUUCGUUCACCCGGCUGCAAUUGGGUCACGCUCGCCGCCCCGCGCCGCGCUCCCCACACACAAAUAACUGUUUAA